CGCAAAGUGCGGUGCGAAAGUGCAAACCCCACUUUCUCUCUCCUCUCUCUCUUCCACUCUCUCUCUCUCUCUAGAAAAAGCGCACUCAUCAAAAUGGUGCAGCGAUGAUUGCGUCUCAGAAGAAGAAGAGAGUGAGAAACAAGUCUAACCUAAUGCUUCUUCGUUUUCUCCUGCUAUGGUUACUCUGCGUUGCUUUUGCUUCCUCUGAUGCUGGCCAAGCGCCAUUUGCCAUGCGUGUAAGCUGUGGAGCUCUUAAAAAUGUUCAAACUAGACCGACCAGUACCGUUUGGCAAAAAGACUUUGGAUAUACAGGAGGGAUAUCCGCUAAUGCAACUCGUCCGAGUUACAUUACCCCGCCGCUCAACACUCUUCGCUAUUUCCCCUUGUCUGAGGGCCCUCAAAAUUGUUACAACAUUGAUAGAGUGCCAAAGGGUCACUACUCGAUCCGGAUCUUUUUUGGACUUGUUGGUCAUUCUGGAGAUAUCAAGGAACCUCUAUUUGAUAUCUCCAUUGAGGGCACUCAGAUAUAUUCUUUGAAAUCAGGUUGGACCAGACAAGAUGAUCAAGUAUUUUCUGAGGCCUUAGUGUUUCUUACAAAUGACUCUGUCUCGAUAUGUUUCCACAGCACGGGCCAUGGCGAUCCGGCAAUCCUUUCUAUUGAGAUUCUUCAAGUCGAUGAUAAAGCUUAUCAUUUUGUGCCGCAGUGGAAUCAAGGGAUAAUACUUAGAACAGUUAAAAGGCUGAGUUGUGGUUUUGGACAGUCAAAAUUUGAUGUAGAUUAUGGUGGGGAUUCCAGGGGAGGGGACAGAUUUUGGCAACGCGUUAGAACUUUUGGUCAGAAUUCUGAUCGACCUAGAUCUGUUGAAUCGAGAAUCAAACAGGCUUCAUAUCCACCAAACUUCUAUGCAGAAGCUCUUUAUCAGUCAGCACUCGUUAGCACUAGUAGUCAGCCUGAUUUAACAUAUAUAUUGGAGGUGGAUCCGAAUAGAAACUAUUCUAUUUGGUUACAUUUUGCAGAGAUUGAUAAUUCAGUUAGAGAUGUAGGACAAAGGGUCUUUGAUAUUAUGAUAAAUGGUGAUCUUGCUUUCAAAGAUGUUGACAUUGUCAAAUAUAGUGGGGAUAUCUACACUGCCCUUGUGCUUAAUACAACUGUUAUUGUUAAUGGGAGGAUUCUGACAAUAACAUUGAGCCCAAAGCAGGACAAUCUUGCCAUAAUCAAUGCCAUUGAGAUAUUUGAGGUUAUAAUGGCCGACUCAAAAACUUUAUCGGAUGAAGUUAGGGCUUUACAAACAUUGAAGAAUGCAUUGGAGCUUCCGCCUAGGCUUGGGUGGAAUGGUGAUCCAUGCGUUCCUCAGCAACAUCCGUGGAGAGGAGUGGAUUGCCAGUUAAACAGAAGUACUGGCAGCUGGAUCAUUGAUGGACUUGUUCUUGACAAUCAAGGUCUGAAGGGUUCCCUGCCAAAUGACAUUUCCAGACUACUUAAUCUACAGAUCCUAAACUUGAGUGGAAACAGCAUCCAUGGAGCAAUUCCAUCCUCACUUGGUACAAUGACUAACCUGCAAGUGCUUGACCUCUCUUACAACUUAUUCGAUGGAUCAAUUCCUGAGAGCCUUGGACAGUUGGCAUCAUUAAAAACACUGAAUCUUAACAGCAACAUCCUGUCUAAAAAGGUCCCGGCAACCCUAGGAGGAAGAUUGCUGCACAGAGCAAGCUUCAAUUUUACUGACAAUGCUGGUCUGUGUGGUAUACCUGGAUUACCUACUUGUGGACAUCUUUCUCCUGGCGCGAAAGUUAGCUUAGGGUUAGGUGCUUCUUUUGUUUUCCUCCUUCUUAUUACCGGUUCAGUUUGUUGGUGGAAAAGGCGGAAGAAUAUCCUCCGAGCUCAGCAAAUUGCAGCAAGGGCAGCUCCAUAUGCAAAAGCAAGAACUCAUUAUUCACGCGACGUCCAGAUGACAAGGCAUCAUCAUCAUCAUGGAAAUACACGCACUGCAGCUGAGAAUGGGCCUGUCCUGCUUUCAUGAUAGCAUAUAUACCAUCACUUUUAUACCCUAUGAAGUCUGCCACAGUAUUCUUCUGGUUCCUUCCAUCAAUUGGUUUAUAUUUUUUUCAAAUUGAAAAGUGUAUCUGAUCUGUGAUGGUUGUUUUUCUCAACUCCAAAUACUAGGGAGUUCCUUGAACCAUUGAAUCACAUCUUACUAGCUGAGAACACUAUUGUAAUUAGUAAAUCAUAGAAAAAAAUUAUAAAUUGCCGUGUUUAUAAUUUCUUA